GCGUAGUCGUCUGUCUAUUAAGCAUCGGAUUCAGCCCGUCGGAACUGCAACAGUGAACGUUCACAGUGAAUAGGGGUGUUAUUGUAAAGUCAGUCUGCAUGGGUACUAUGGACAUAAUAGUAAUUUAAUCUAGCGCGGUUUUUAUAUAUAGGCACCCGUCAUUGCCACCUUGAUAGUUCUCCUUCAGCUUAAACCUCUUUCUUUUUAUAUCUUGUUCAAUGGAAGAGGACGAUCAUAAGGAGUUACAGCUGCUUCCCUCUCAACAAUCCUUAGCUUCUUCCUCUUCUUGUUCACUCAUGUCAUUCCGGCCGCCGGAUUCUAAUUCGCUGAGUGAUGGGAAAGUGGAUACAGGCUGCGUCGAGGCGUUGAAAUGGCAGGCGGCGGAGCAAAUUCGACUGGCUGCCAUUGAAAAAGCUUAUGCAGAAAGAGUAAGGGAGCUAACGAGAAGAGAGAUGGAGUUAGCACAAUCAGAGUUUGCAAGGGCAAGACAUAUGUGGCAAAGAGCUAGAGAAGAAGCGGAAAAAGCUGAGAGAAUGAAGGAGAGGGCAACGAGGCAGAUAGAUUCUACGUGCAUGGAGAUCACUUGCCAAUCUUGCAGGCAAAGGUUCAAGCCAGCUUAAAAAGAAAAGGAAACAAGCAAAAAAGAAAAGGCUUCUUUUAUAUCAGGAUUGUUAUUUGAAACUCUCCAAGACAAGAUGAUGAGAAUGAGAUGAAUAAUCUAUAUGGCCAAGUUGUUUGAGUUUUGAAAAAUUUGGGUAUUGGAUUCCUUCUUUUUUCAUUUCAACAGAACAGAAGAUAGAAGGGAUAAGAUCAUAAGUGGGGUUGGAAAAGUUUGCAAUUCCCAUACUUUGUUUCUUCUUCAUCAUUGUGAUAUGUUUGAUUAUUUUGGCUUUUGACCUUAAUAAUUAUGACAGAAUUUAUUUAAA